AUGGUCAAGUAUAUCUGUGACACAUAUCCAAAGUUGCUUUCACCAGAAUAUAAUGCCUUCGACGGCAUGUCACCAUUACACUGGUCAGGUCAAUCAGGAAGUAUAGAAUUAUAUGAAUACUUGAUAGAAAAAGGUGUAAAGAAAACGUUCCUUGAGGGCCGAAGUACACCAUUACAUGAAGCUUGUAAGUUUGGAAGACUAAAUAUGUGUGAAUACUUGGUAAACACUCAUCCUCAUUUACUUGAUGUCAAAGACAAUAAUGGAGGAAAUGCCUUACAUUACGCUGCCUGGGGAGGUAACAUUGAUUUACUCAAAUUUCUGUUGGAGAAAGGUUUUGAUGUCAAAACCAAAAGAAAUAAUGGGGAAACUGUGUUUCACCUAUGUUGUAUGAACGGAAAACUAGAGAUGUGUUAG